GGGAGGGGAGCUUGUGUCUCAGAUGGAAGCUGCUGGCAAUGAAAUAGUGAUGCAGACAAUCUCCACCAGGUUUCUCCCGAGGAGCUGACGCUGGUGCACAACCUGAGGAAGAUGCUGAUGAACGACUGGAGUGGAGGUGCCAUUGUGACCACCCUGAGCCAGACUGGCUCGCUCUUCAAGCCCAGCUCAGCCUACACUCCCCAGGAGCUGCUGGGAAAGGAGGGCUUCGAUGCCUUGGACCCCUUUGUGCCCAUCGCUGUCCCCAACUACAGCCCCAGGGAGUUCGAGAGCUGCUACGGCUACUACCUGGAGCGCAGGUGGCUGCAGCACGAGAAAGCGCACACGGAGGACGGCAAGGCGGAGCUGCGGUUCCUCAGCGGCUCCAACCCGCGGCAGCUGGACCGGCUGGCGGGGCCGCUAUAGCGCAAUAAAGGCUCCGUUCUCCCGG